GUGGAAGUUAAAUGUGGCCCAGGAGGCAAUGUUAUGCAAUUUCUUCUGCUUUGUGGUGGAGGAAGCAAGGGCGGUGUCCCUUCGUUUGGGUUUAAUUCCAAUUAGGACAAGAAGAAUCGGAGAGAACAGCAGUAAUUGUCUCGUGCCAACAGCAUCAGCAGGCAAUAGAAAAGCCAGCGUCCUCUUUUGUGUUUGCUGUUCAGGAGCCUGUUUCCCCUUUUAACUUCAGAGUUUUCCAGAGCACACCGUUGGCAGAGCCAAAGAGGGAUGGAGUUUACUAACGUGAGGGAGAGUUUGACUGCAAUCAGAGUUCAGAUGGUUGCUGAUGUGUUGACUGCUCUCUUCUCCGGGAACUGGGGAACUGGAAAUAGCUCGGAUAACAGCUUCUCUCCAGCAGGCAGCUGGACCCGGUUGUUCUGUCAAGACGAAUCUGACAUGAAAUCAGAAGAAAGGCGCUUAAAGACCUUUGAGCGCUGGCCGGACAGUGCUCCUGCUUCUCCCGCUGUUUUGGCUGCGGCUGGUUUUUACUACAUUGGCCCGGAAUACAGAGUGAAGUGUUUCCGCUGCGGCGGGGUGUUGCAUCAUUGGUUUGCUGAGGAUGAUCUCCUGGCAGAGCAUGCAGCGCUCUUCCCAUCAUGUCCUUUCGUCCAGGGCAGGAAUGCAGGACACCACCUGAUGCCUCCAGCCGAGGACACACAAGACUCUGUGGAUGGGCAGUUCCUUGGCAUGUUGCAAACUUUAAGUGUGGAGGAAGCCUCUGUCGACAGCCAACCUGAAUACCCAGAUAUGGAGACGGAAGGCGAUCGGCUGGCGACGUUUCAGAACUGGCCAUCCUACGCCCGGGUAUCUCCAGAGAUCUUGGCUGGAGCAGGUUUCUUCUACACAGGCCAGGGAGAUUAUGUGAGAUGUUUCUACUGUGAUGGUGCUUUGAGGAACUGGGAACGUGGAGAUGAUCCAUGGAUGGAGCAUGCCAGAUGGUUUCCAAGCUGUAAAUUCCUGCUGCAGUCCAGAGGGAGAGGCUUUGUAAACAGUAUUCAAGAAUCCUAUUUAGCUACUCCUGUGUCUCGGGAAGACAGUUUGCAUCAACUUGAACAGCAGUCGGGAAGCAACCAAGAGCCUGCUGAAAGAGAACCAGAUACUGGGAGACAGCGAAGAGAAGCAAGAACAGAAUGUUCAAAUGAACCGGAAUCUGUCCCAACCAUAGAAGAGAGGCUGCGCCAGCUUCAGGAGGAGCGGACAUGUAAAGUAUGUAUGGACAAGGAGGUCUCCAUUCUGCUGGUACCUUGUGGGCACUUAGUGGUGUGCACGGAUUGCGCUCCUAACUUAAGACGCUGUCCUAUCUGCAGAGGGGCCAUCCGGGACAGUAUGAAAGCAUUCAUGUCCUGAACUGGAAGGCUCUUUGGAGGCUAUUUUUUCCUUUGGAUGAACUGACUUCUGCCGAUGGAGACCCUCUUUACAAAGAAAACCUGCCCUGAGGAAGCUUUUGAAUGGAUCCUAACUGUCUUGGAGUCAUUCUUCCCUGGAAUUAUUUUGCAGAACCUCUCUGGGCGUGUAGUUACAGACCAUUUGGGGUGUUUUUGUUUUUUGCACUCCUGUGAAACAUACAGAAUGAAAUAAUCCCAGUUUUUAAAAUACUGUA